ACUUGUCAAGAAGGUGAAGAUGAUGCACAAAAGAACACUGUUGUCCAUCCACAGUUUUUAAUGUCUACCUAAAUACCUCGUCUCCCAGAUCCCUGUUCGUGCUUUGUAUUGGAGAUGCCCUUCCUAUCCGAAACGCCUGCCUUCUUGUCCUGAAUUGUCUACCGAGACUCGCAUCAAUCUCACACUCACAACAUGGCACCACCGGGACGACGGAAACUCCCCUGCCUCUCUGCGCUGCUGCUUUUCGUCCUCCUGUUAUUUUCGACCAAUGCACAUGCGGCCUCCGCUGUUCUAGGAAUUGAUUUGGGCACCGAGUACUUCAAAGCUGCGGUUGCGAAGCCCGGUAGCCCAAUCGAUAUUGUGCUGUCCAAGGACUCAAAGAGAAGGGAAGCGGCAACACUUGCGUUCAAGCCAGCUAGAUUGCACGUAAAUAACGCUGAAGUCUUCCCCGAACGGUUAUACGGCGGAGAUGCUGUCGCUCUGUCUGCUCGAUUCCCCACCGAUGUCUAUCCGAACCUGAAGAGUCUACUAGGCGUGGAGUCGUCUUCCGAUGCCGUCACAACCUAUUCCGCACGAUAUCCAGGGCUGGAUAUACAGCCAGUACCGAGAUCUGACGCUGCAACGACGGUGGGCUUCAAGAGCCACAGCUUUGGCAAGAGAGAUGAAGUGUUCAUGGUGGAAGAGCUGCUGGCAAUGGAAUUAAAGAACAUCCGUGGCAACGCAGAGACUAUGGUCCCCAAGGGUACAUUUAUUACCGACGUGGUCAUCACAUACCCUGCUUUUUACACGGCCGAAGAGAAGCGAGCAAUCGAGUUGGCGGCGGAUCUGGCGGGCAUAAGAGUGCUAGGCCUGAUCAGCGAUGGGCUGGCUGUUGGACUCAAUUAUGCCACGCACCGCACGUUUGACAGUGUCUCUGAAGGAGGAAAGCCUGAGCACCACCUUGUUUAUGACAUGGGUGCUGGAUCGACGACAGCGACGGUGCUCAAAUUCCAGGGCAGGACGGUCAAGGGCUACGCAAAACGCAACCAAACUAUCCAGGAGGUUAUUGUGCUUGGAACAGGAUUUGACACGACUCUGGGAGGCGACUCACUCAACGAUGUCAUUGUCGCCGAUAUCGUCAGUCAAUUCCUCGAGAGUCCUAAGGUCCAGAAGUUCGGCCUAGACACUGCCCAAAUUCGCGCCAAUGGAAAGACGAUGAACAGGAUUUGGAAAGAAGCUGAGCGCAUGAGACAACUUCUUAGCGCGAAUGCGGUCUCUUCAGCCACGUUUGAGGGCCUGUAUGAUGAGGACAUCACUUUCAAGUACAGUCUCACUAGAGAAAAGUUUGAAGAACUAGCAACAGAUCACGCUGCGCGGGUUGGAUCACCGGUAUCUGCAGCACUGGAUUCUGCGGGUCUCACGCUUGACGACAUCGACUCGAUUAUCUUACAUGGAGGAGCAGUGAGGACCCCUUUUGUGCAAAAGCAGCUUGAGAAGGCCACUGGCGGGACCAGCAAGCUCAAAUCCAACGUCAACGCGGACGAGGCUGCUGUGAUGGGAGCCGGGUUCAAAGCAGCAUCUCUCAGUCCUAGCUUCAGAGUAAAGGACAUUCGUGAUACGGAUAUCUCUGGAUCGACGUACACCCUCAAAUGGACGCACGAUAGCAAAGAGAAGUCCCAAAAGCUGUUCACCCCAACGUCCCUGGUGGGCACUGAGAAACAAGUCCCCAUCAAGGUGCUUGAGGACGUUAAGCUAGGAUUUGUCCAGGGGGUCAAUGAAAAGGAUCUUCCGGUCCUGGAGGUCGAAGCAACAAAUCUGACCAAGUCGACAGCUCAACUCAAAGACAAGCAUGGCUGCACAGCUGCCAAUAUCAGCACUGUCUUUAACAUCCGACUCAGUCCAAGCAAUGGACUGCCAGAAGUGCUGGCAGGAAGCGUCAGCUGCGAGGCUAACGGCACCAAGUCAGGGUCUGUAAUGGACAAUGUGAAGGGGUUGUUCGGUUUUGGGUCAAACAAGGACGACAGCCAAAAGGUACUCGAUGAUGAAGACGCAAGCGAGGAUAGCUCUGCAUCCCUGACUCCCUUGCCUGCGUCCGACCCCACGAGUUCGGGAUCUACCGUAUCUGAGGCGUCCGCCACACCCGCAGAUGCAUCAUCGGCAUCGGCGUCCUCGUCUGCCAGCAAGUCUGCAACAUCUGGAAAGGCCACUCCGUCGGUCGUUACCAUACCUCUCGCAUUGAAGUCGAACGUUGUGGGCCUGAACGCGCCACCAGCUCAGGCCUUGCCAAAGAUACGACAGAGAUUGACUCAAUUUGACACUAGUGAUCAGAAUUCCGUGCUUCGAGCAGAAGCUCUGAACACGCUUGAAGCCUUCACGUAUAGAGCACGUGACUAUCUUGAGGACCAAUCCUUCAUCGGUGCGUCGAGUGAGUCUGUACGAAAGGAGCUGGAGAAACAGCUCAGCAGUGUCUCGGAGUGGUUGUACGGCGACGGACUUGACGCCAGUCUGCAGGACUUCAAGGACAAACUGAAGGGCUUACAAAGCUUGGUCAAUCCUGUCCUGAAGCGGAAGGACGAGGCUGCUAAGCGACCGGAUGCUGUCAAAGCUUUGCAAGAGCAGAUCGAGAAUCUGACUGGAAUGAUCCAGAUGGUCGAAGGUAACAUCAAAAAGGCAGUCGAGGAUGCGGCUUCGAGUGUCAGUUCAGCGGCGUCGUCGGUGGCGUCGAGCGUGACUGGCAGUUCAUUGUCUGCAGCCGAUGCCGAUGACUUGGACGACGACCCUUACGGCGGUGGUAGCGCGUCGACGCCAGAGGCAGCCGCAGAGACGGAAGAGUCGGGACCCAAGCCUUAUGAGUAUACGAAGGAAGAUCUUUCCUUGCUGACUACGAAUUACGAGAAGGCGAAAGCGUGGCUGGAGGAGAAGAUGGCUCUACAGGAUAAACUUGGCCCCUCUGAUGAGCCGGUGUUUUCGGUGUCUGAGCUGGAGACCAGAGGGAAAGAGUUGCAGAAGGUGGUGCAAGAUAUGAUACUGAAGACUAUCAAGUUCCAGGAUCUGCCCAAGAAGGCAAAGGGUGGUAGUAAGAAGGGCAAGGGCAAGGCUAAGAAGAGCAAGGCUACGAGUGGCACGAGUGAUAGUGCUGGUUCGUCGGCAGGUGGUUCGACGAGCACGCCAGCGGCAUCGGCGACGGCGACAAAGAGUUCUGUCAAAGAUGAACUGUGAUGUAGCACUGUUAGUCUGACACAAUGAAAAUGCUUUCAGUAUCA